GGUUAGUUUUACGCCGACGCGAUGGCAUUGGAUUUUAUAGUGAACCGUUUGAAAGCACUAGCUUUGAUACUCCUCGGAGUGUUCAGACGGGCGAUUUGCUGCCUCCGGCGUCGAAGAAGAUCCUCCUGCGAUUCGAUUCCUUUAUCUGCGGUCGGCGUAGUGCCCAGCAGCACGCAGCCAGAAUUAGAGCAGUGGGAUCAGUGGGAGGAGAACCCUGUGGUGGUUGUGCCAGAUAGGCCAGUUAACGCAGUACAAGCUAAAAUCGAUCAGUACAGGCAGCAAGCAUCUAAACCACCAGAAUCUCCAGAGGAGCACCAGCCGAACUUCUUCGAGGAUAUGACGCCAAAGAUUACAGCACAGACUAAGAUUUUAGUUAAAGACAGAGCGGAGAGUAUGAACAAGAAUUCUUUGAAAUUCGCAGUGCUCAGUGAUCCGAUUCCAACUAACGAACUAGGAGAGUGGGAGGACAAUGCUGGUAGCUGGGAGGAGGAGACUGCGAAGGAGUUUGGGGACACGACGAGAACUCUGAGGGAGCAGAAACGCAGGGAGAGGGAACAGAGAUUGUUCGAGCAGCAACAGAAGAGGAUCGAGCGGAAUUCGAGACCUCAGCCACUGGGAGCGAAACUGGCCUCCUGAUGAGAAACAUCCGUUCGACUUUUCUACGAACAUUAAUCACGAUCGAAGGAAUCGAUCGUUUUUGUAUUUCGAUAGAGUUUCGUUGUGUAUAAAAGCAGGUUUAGAGGGCUCAAAGUUGAUUAUUAUUUAGUCUACUCGUUGCAUUUAAUAUUUCCAUAACUUCUGUUAUGUGUCUAACACACAUUCCAUGUAAAUAUUUUUAUUUUAUCGAAUUGUCAUCGAAAUCAGUGUCGAAUCGGGCGGCUAAUCAAAAUAAUCUUACUCUGCUUUUAAAAUGUAUAGAUUGUUAGCAAUGGUAAAUGAACAUUUGUUUGACGCAAGUGUAACUAUUCGCAUGUCGAUAAAAACUGUAUGACUAAA